ACUGCACUGCUGCGCCGUGAUUUUGGCGGAGUGGUGAGCAGCUAGACCGGAGGGUCUUUUCUCGCCGCUGAUCCGUAGACUGGGUGGGACUUUGACUGGUGGUUUUUAGCUGGUGAACGUGACUGUGACCUGGUGAUCCGAUGGCACCACACUCUGACGUGCGUCAGAGACGUCGGUCGGUAGGGGGGCCGCACUACCAGCCGUUGGACUGGGAUCCGUCGCUUCCCUACGGAGGAAAGGUGUACCUCGCCAGACGCAAGAAACCCGAUACGUGGCUCUGCAUUCUUCUGGAGGUGGUGGCACUCGCCUUCGUCGUCUCACUGGGCUACUGGUGUUACUACCACUUCGAUCAUUUCCAUUUUCAUGUGACCCGGGCGUACGCCCACAUAGGUCACACGGAGGCCCAGCAUCUGAUCGGUCAGCGCUACCUGCAUGGACGAGGCGUUGAGAAGGACCACUCUGAGGCGAUGAAGUGGUUCAGGAAGGCGGCCGACCAGGGCCACCCGCACUCCUCGUAUAACCUGGCCGUUGGUCACCUGCAGGGGCUGACAGAGGACCUCCAGCCCGGAGAGGCCCAGAAGCUGAUCGAGCACGCCGCUCGACAGGGGGUACCGGAAGCCUCUGAUAUGAUGGACUCGUCCUGCGUCUGGGGCGAUUGUGAGCAGUGACCUCGGCAGGUCAACAUCAGGUCACACACAUGUAAGAUGGUCGGAGGUGAAAUACUCUGAGUCAGCAUCGUGAUGGUGGUUUAAUAAAACGUCCUCAGUCCCAUAGCUCAUCAUCUAUCAAAUGAAGCAUAUUGCAAGGAAUGGCAGCACAUGGUUGUUGGCGAUUUAGAGCGUUAUUUCUGUCGUGAUAUUAGUUACGUUACUGUAAGCGCCUCGUUACCUAGCCUGCUCUCAAGAUGUGUGUCAUUUCUCGAGAUCUAGGCGUGACUUCAAGCCGCGUGUCAUUUCUUGAGAUCUAUAUCUGAGAAGAUACUCGGAGCCAGGUUGUGUCUAUCUAUACCAACAGUCAGAAGAGGACAUCCUUUACUGUCAGUCUCGAAUGUUCGGUGUGCCGAAUUCGGGCGAUGUUGUUUGACUCGAUUUUUGCUUAGAUGCAGCUGUAUCAUACGCACAACCUUCCGCGCUUGCUGUUAUGUUUUGAAGAUUUAUGCAUUCUCAUGCACUUUUGUCUUGCCUCAUUGUUGUAUUCUGUUUAUUUCUAGCGUCUCGAGUGAUAAUUAGAUAUUUCCUUUUAUUUUGCUAAGAUCAUGCCUUACGACUUAGACUUAGACAGCGGCCAUGAGUCUGUAUGAGUGCAUGUGUAUGUUUGUUUGUGUGUACGGGCUUUGAGCGUAUUUAUCACGUUAUUUUAUGUUAUGUCUCCCAUGCAGAGUUUUAGCCCUGUACGAGCGGCCGUAAUAGCCACGAGUGUAUCGUGGAUGGCUUCAAUACACGUCUAUGUCUAUGUCUA